AUAUAAAAAAGAAGAUUAAAAAGAAUUUCAAAUCUUCAUGUAAGAUCUCACGAAUGUAGCAUCGACUGAGACUUGGUUAAGUCUAAGACGACUUAGUGAAGACUCGGUUGAUGCUACAUGAAGAUUCGUGCAAGAAACAAAUUUGGAUAUUUUCUUCUUUCUUUUCUAUGUCUAUCGUUUGACUGAGACUUGAUUAAAUCUCAGUCGAGUGAGAUCUCGCCACGCCCUAAAAAAAUAAGUCGCAACUCACCAUUCAGAAGCUCAUAGCCAGUCUUAUCGGCAGGGUAGCAACGCCAUCGACCCACACAUACACUAUAGUACACCUGACCGAAGCAAUCGGAUCUAUUCUCCUUCUCAUACUGUAUGUUUCCAACGUACUCAAACAUACAAGAGCCAGCUGAGCAUGGCGAUGGCGCCGUCCUCGAAGCCGGCCAAGACGACGCCGCACAUCCUGCUGCUCCCCUACCCGGCGCAGGGCCACGUCAACCCGUUUCUUCGUCUGGCCAAGGCCCUGCACGCGCGGGGGCUCCACGUCACCUUCGUCCACACGGAGCACAACCACGGCCGCCUCCUCCGCUCUCGCGGUCUCGGCGCCGUCACGGGCGCCGCCGACGGCUUCCGGUUUGAGACGAUCCCCGACGGGCUCCCCCGCUCCGACCACGACGCCACGCAGGACAUCUGGGCGCUCUGUGAGGCCACGCGCCGGGCGUGUCCUGGCCACCUCAGGGAGCUCGUUGAGAGGCUCGGGAGGACGGAGGGAGUCCCGCCGGUCACCUGCGUCGUCACCGACGGCGCCAUGGGAUUCGCGGUGCACGCGGCCAAGGAGAUGGGGCUGCCGGCAUACCUCUUCUUCACCCCCAGCGCCUGCGGCUUCUUGUGCUACCUCAACUUCGAUCAGCUUGUCAAGCGGGGAUACGUGCCAUUCAAAGAUGAGAGCUGCUUCACCAAUGGGUACCUGGACACCCCCGUGGACUGGAUCACUGGCAUGAUCAGUAACCUCCGCCUACGUGACUUCCCGACGUUCAUCCGCACCACUGACGCUGACGAUGUGAUGCUGACCAUCAACAUCAAGCAAUGCGAGCUCGACGCCCCCGCCGCUGACGGUAUCCUCCUCAACACCUACGACGACCUCGAGCGCGCCGCGCUGGACGCCAUCCGCGAGCGCCUGCCCAACACCUUCGUCGUCGGGCCCCUCGGCCCAGAGGUCUCGCCGCCAUCGUACCUCCCCUUCCUCACCUCGAGCUUGUGGAAGGAGGACGGCCGGUGCAUCGCGUGGCUAGACGCGCAGGCGGCGGACGGCUCCGUGAUGUACGUCAACUUCGGGAGCAUCACGGUCAUGACGAGGGACCAGAUGGUGGAGUUCGCUCGGGGGCUGGCCGACGCCGGCAGCCCGUUCCUGUGGGUUGUCCGGCCCGACAUGGUGCGCGACGGCGGCGAUGAUGAUGGCAAGGUGCCGGUGCCGGAUGGGUUCGCGGAGGAGGUCGCGGGACGAGGGCUGAUGGUGGGGUGGUGCGACCAGGAGGCGGUGCUGGGCCACCGCGCGACCGGGGGUUUCCUGAGCCACUGCGGUUGGAACUCGACGUUGGAGAGCCUGUGCGCUGGCGUGCCGAUGUUGUGUUGGCCCUUCUUCUCAGAGCAGGUGACCAACUGCCGGUACGCGUGCGAGGAGUGGGGUGUGGGCGUCCAGAUGCCGCGCGAGGCCGGGCGGGGAAAGGUUGAGGCUGCCGUGAGGGAGCUAAUGGGCGAUGGGGAUAAGGCGGUGGCAAUGAGGAGGAAGGCAGCGGAGUGGAAGGAGAAGGCCGUGAGGGCGGUCGCGGCGGGUGGGUCCUCGCAACGGGACCUUGAAAGGUUCGUCGACGAAAUUGCGCACGUCAAGGGCUAGAGGACUCAUGUCAUGCAUCUGGUGUGUUCUUGCUUCGAUUUGACCUUUGGUGAAUGGUUUAUGUGAAGAUAUUGUUUCAACUUGUCUUGUAAACUGCAAAUAAACUUUUGGAUUCACAUUGAACUUGGGGCAAUAUAUAAGUUUUGUUCGGCAUA